AUGUCUAGCAGAGGAGGAAAACAGAAGAAAGGUAACGUUGCCAGUGAGCAGGAGGAAGAGGAGCAGCCGCUUCAAGCUGUGUUAGUCGCCGAUAGCUUCAACCGGAGGUUUUUCCCCAUCUCCAAAGACCAACCUAGGGUAUGUGAUGAUGCCAUGGAUUGAAUAGUACAUGCUAGCGGCUCGAAAACUCUAGGUGGCUAAGUGCAUGUUAUUGUCAAUGGAUGACAGCGCUAGCAUAGCUAGCUAGUUAGCUACCGUUCUUGCAGCGACCUCGUGUUCUUGAAAUGCAACAUUUCAUAACAAUUGUGGUCAAUAUGUUUUCCUGCUAGCUAGUUAGUAAUAUUGGUGGGAGUAAAUCUGUGGGUGCCACAUGCCAGCAGUUCUUGUCGGUAACUUAGUCAGGUAGCGAGCCAGCUAAUUUAGCACUGUUCCAGAUGGCAUGAUAUAUGAUCAUCUCUUUAAGUGGGACACAAUCAGAUCCAUGUAGCGGGACUAAUCGUGACAAAAGCACAAUAUCAACGACAAUGUUAAUUUAUUCAUCCUGCUAAUAACUGAACAUUGGUUAAAAAAAAAUAAAAAAAUAAACUUGGCUACAUAAAGUUGUCAUCAGUCUAAUCUUGGAAUCCAAAACCAAAUAUCGCGUAAUUGCUAGCCAGCAUCACUCAGAACUUCAGAUUUCUUGACACCAUCUUAUGCUUUAUAUGUGAGACUCCAAACCCGAUGGUCAUUGUUGCACUCAUCACAUCUCUGCUGUGUUUUGUGCCAUCCAGGCUCUCCUACCGUUGGGCAAUGUGGCCAUGAUAGACUACACCCUGGAGUUCCUAACAUCCACUGGGGUUCAGGAGACAUUCGUCUUCUGCUGCUGGAUGUCCAACAAGAUCAAGGACCACCUGCUGUAAGAACACACAUACACACACUGUCUGACCAGGAAAAACUAGUCAUAGAAAAUAUUUAGCGCCCAAACACACACACACACACACACACACACACACACACAGGGUUUUCUCAAUAUAAAUGUUCCCUCAUCCUCCCAACAGUAAGUCCAAGUGGUGUCGUCCCACUUCUCCCAACGUGGUCCACAUCAUCACCUCUGAUCUGUACCGUUCCCUUGGCGACGUGUUGCGGGAUGUGGAUGCCAAGACUCUGGUGAGGAACGACUUCAUCCUGGUCUACGGAGACGUGGUGUCCAACAUCGACGUCAGCCAGGCCCUACAGGAGCACCGGUCAGUCACAUUUGACCCUUGACCUUAGACAACAGGGCUGGAGAAAAAGCCUGCACACCCAGCAUCUCGCCAGGAGGAGGGUUUGGGUGGCCAAUCCUCAUGAGUUGGCCAAACCUCUUCCUGGAGAGCUACAGAUACUGGGUGUGUCAGCUUUUGCACCAGCCCUGCUUUAAUCUAGCACAGUUGAUCCAGCUAUUCAAGAUUGUGAUGAGCAGCUGAUUAGUAGAAUCAGGUGUAUACAAUGUAGUACACCAAUGGGCAGGUAGGACUAUUUCUAUACCUUUUCAUAGUGAUCAUGUAUUAACACUAGGAUUUAUGUUGUUCAUGAAGGCACCGGCGUAAGGUGGACAAGAACAUCUCUGUGAUGACCAUGGUGUUCAAAGAGUCCUCUCCCGGCCACAAGUCUCGCUGCGAGGAGGAUGAUGUGAUUGUUGCCAUGGACAGCAAGAGCAAGCGGGUCCUCCACUACCAGAAGACACAGGGCCUUAAGAAGCUACAGUUCCCCAUGGUAACGUAACAGUUCCCCAUGGUAACGUAACAGUUCUCCAUGGUAACGUAACAGUUCCCCAUGGUAACGUAACAGUUCUCCAUGGUAACGUAACAGUUCUCCAUGGUAACGUAACAGUUCCCCAUGGUAACGGAACAGUUCCCCAUGGUAACGAGGGAUAGGAUAGAGUAUGAUGUGUUUAUAAAACUAUAGUAUCCCCCAAAAGGUCAAUUUACUUCACAGCAAGUAGUAUAGAUACAAACACAAAUAUAUUUUCAGAAUGUGUGGAUGUUCAGCGGUGUUGGACUGACUAUUGUGUUUUCUCUGUAUCGUUGCAGAACAUUUUCCAACAUGGAAGUGAUGAGUUUGAAGUUAGACAUGAUCUGCUGGACUGCCACAUCAGUAUCUGUUCCCCACAGGUAAUCUACUGUCUGGGCAAUUCCAUGGUAACGGAAUUACGCGGGAAACAGUUUUAAAUGUAUACAAAACAAAAACCAUUGAUUUCAAAGUUUAACAAACCAUAGAAUUUCCUCAGAAAGGUCGCAUUUGCAGUUGUUCCAUUAAAUGUUUUUUGUUGUUGUUUCUUUUGUUUACUCUGUAAAUUGUUCAAAGUAAUUAUUGUGCAUAGAGUUGUAUGGAAUGUUAAACUUUUGAAUUCAAUGGUUUUUGUUUGGCAUACAUGUUAAAGUGAAAAAUCUGACUCUCAGCUAAUUCCUUUACUGUGGAAUUGCCCGUCUUUAACCAGGUGAGCUGCAAGUCUCUUGUAUGGAAGACAGGACACUGGCUCUUACAGACAUUGUAUAUGGUUUUGUUUACAGGUAGCUGAGCUCUUCACAGACAACUUUGACUACCAGACCAGGAAUGACUUUGUCAGAGGGAUUCUGGUCAAUGAAGAGGUAUGAGAAGACGAAUUCAGUGAUUAUGCUACAGUAUAUAAGAUGUGUGUUGUAUUGAAACCAGAACAGCCCAAGCAAUGCCCCAACCAUAGCUUAUACACAUCCUUACCGAGCAAAACAAGUCUACCAUCUCCUCCUCCUCCUCCUGCUCUAUAGAUCCUUGGCAACCAGAUCCACCUGUAUGUAACACAGGAUGGCUAUGGAGCCCGCGUGUCCAACCUGCAGAUGUACGACUCCGUCUCCUCGGACAUGGUGCGUCGCUGGGUCUAUCCCGUCACUCCUGAGGCGAACUUCACAGACCAGCGGGGGCAGGGGUGUACCCACUCCCGUCAUAACGUCUACCGGGGCGCGGGGGUCAGCCUGGGGCACGGCAGCCAGAUGGAGGAGAACGUUCUGAUUGGUCGAGACACUAGCAUCGGGGCCAACUGUCAUAUAUCGAACAGCGUCAUCGGCAACAACUGCACCAUAGGUAUUAUACUGUUUUACUGUUUCUACAGGGUCACGACAAAGUCAUGGAAAAGUCAUGGAAUUUUGAAAUGGUGUUUUCCAGGCCUGGAAAAGUCAUGGAAAAUUUUAGUCCGAAAAGUCAUAAAAAUGUAUUUCACAAUGUCUGUUAAUGUUAUUUAUUUAGGCACGUUUUUUUAAAAAUAUUUUAUAAAUAAAAGUCAACAUCAACCAGGAUUGGAAUGGUGCAUCAGCUGCAUGGGCCGUUUCCCAAGGAGAGACAGACAGUAGGCCGUUUCCCAAGGAGAGACGACGUGGGCCGUUCCAGAAGACAGACGUAGGCCGUUUCCCAGACAGACAUAGGUUCAGAGACAGACAGUAGGGCCGUUUCCCAAGGAGAGACAGACAGUAGGCCGUUUCCCAAGGAGAGACAGACAGUAGGCCGUUUCCCAAGGAGAGACAGACAGUAGGCCGUUUCCCAAGGAGAGACAGACAGUAGGCCGUUUCCCAAGAGAGACAGACAGUGGCCGUUCCCAAGGAGAGACAGAGUAGGCCGUUUCCCAAGGAGAGACAGACAGUAGGCCGUUUCCCAAGGAGAGACAGACAGUAGGCCGUUUCCCAAGGAGAGACAGACAGUAGGCCGUUUCCCAAGGAGAGACAGACAGUAGGCCGUUUCCCAAGGAGAGACAGACAGUAGGCCGUUUCCCAAGGAGAGACAGACAGUAGGCCGUUUCCCAAGGAGAGACAGACAGUAGGCCGUUUCCCAAGGAGAGACAUAGGACAGUAGGCCGUUUCCCCCAAGGAGAGACAGACAGUGGCCGUUUCCCCAAGGAGAGACAGACAGUAGGCCCGUGUUCCCAAGGAGAGACAGACAGUGGGCCGUUUCCCCAAGAGAACAGACAGUAGGCCGUUUCCCAGGAGAGACAGACAGUAGGCCGUUUCCAAGGAGAGACAGACGUAGGCCCGUUUCCCAAAGGAGAACAGACAGGUGGCCGUUUCCCAGAUAGUACAGACAGUAGGCCGUUUCCUAUAAACUAAUGAUAAGAGACAGACAGUAGGUAGCCUUUCCCAAGAGAGACACAUAGCCGUUUCUACCCGGAGGACUACUAGUUAAACGUUGAGACUGUUAGUAGCAAUUGCAGCAGUGUUGCCUAUAACUAUGAUGGCACUGACUAGAGCCAAUUCAAAACAUAUCUUCACCCUCUUCACUGUUGACUUAUUAGCAUGACUGUUUCGUCAUGCCCCAAAAACUUUCCGCCACACUCGCGACUAGGCCUACAAAGUUGAUUCACUUUUUAAACAAUUGAUUGAUUCAUUUUAAACUAUUAAUUUUGACCAAAACUCAAAAUUCCACUUUGACAUUGUAUUAGUUGGGAUUAGGUUCAAUUGCGGUGAAUCAAAUCAUGUGUUUGAAAAUAAACAUUUGAUAACCGUGAACAUGAAUUUUAGGAAAAAAUAUUAGAUGUAGCCUUUGGGGUUAUGUGGCUUGAACUUGUUUUGUAGAUACUUCCAGUUGAGUUGGGCAUCCAAUGUAUGGGACAUUGCAACUCAAUAGAUGCUAGUCAGCCUGCAAAGUAAACACUUCCAAGGUAUCUCAGCCCUGUGUAGCUCAGUUGGUAGAGCAUGGCGCUUGCAACGCCAGGGUUGUGGGUUCGAUUCCCACGGGGGGCCAGUAUGAAAAUAAAAAUGUAUGCACUCACUAACUGUAAGUCGCUCUGGAUAAGAGUGUCUGCUAAAUGACUAAAAUGUAAAAAUGUAGCUAAGAUAAAUAUGACUAAACUAGAAAAGGUACAUUUCCUGAAGAAAAUUUAUGGGCUUGCUUCAUCUGAAUAAAAAUAUUUGUUGCCUGCCAUAGCUAUUUGAUCUUUGAUAUAUUGAAUGAGCGAAUUAUUUCAAAAGGCAUAACCUAUUUGGUUGUAAUGUUGAAAUGUUUUACAUCAAGAGUGGUCAACCAUCUUUCAGGAGAGAUAAUAGAUGCAGGCUUUUGUUCCAGCCCCCCUCUAACAAACCACAUUUUAGAAAUUAGCUGCUCAACCAGACCUUGAUAAACUGGCUCUGAUGUGUUUGAGCAGGGCUUGAUCAAAAAGCAUGCACACCCAGCAGCUCUCCGGACUGAGGGUUGGCCACAUUGUUUUAUACAGCAGGUAUUCUACUUUGUGGAUUUUAAGUGCCUUGCUGAACGACAUGGUAUCAGAGAGCAGCCUCCCAGUGUUGAUACCACAUCACACAUACUUUAUUUAUACGUACAGAGAGACGCCGCCAAGUGUUGGUAAUGGAAAUGUUGUUAAAAGUCAUGAUAUUCCAUCUGUCAAAAUGUGUAUGAACCCUGUGUCUAUCGUAGGUACAGUAGUGAAGCUAACACCUGAGCUUAUGACUACCUAUGGUGGUGCGGUUCCCACGAUCUAACCUCAUGACUACCUAUGGUGGUGCGGUUCCCACGAUCUAACCUCAUGACUACCUAUGGUGGUGAGGUUCCCACGAUCUAACCUCAUGACUACCUAUGGUGGUGAGGUUCCCACGAUCUAACCUCAUGACUACCUAUGGUGGUGAGGUUCCCACGAUCUAACCUCAUGACUACCUAUGGUGGUGAGGUUCCCACGAUCUAACCUCAUGACUACCUAUGGUGGUGAGGUUCCCACGAUCUAACCUCAUGACUACCUGUGGUGGUGAGGUUCCCACGAUCUAACCUCAUGACUACCUAUGGUACAGAACUGAGGUUAGAUCGUGGGAACCUCACCACCAUAGGUAGUCAUGAGGUUAGAUCGUGGGAACCGCACCUGUCCUUUCAAUAUAAACAUUCUGAGUGAAUCCACGGUGCAGUUUUCCUUCAAUCUGCUCUUUGCUCUGCAUUACUACUCUGCUAGGUUCUACCAAGAUGCCAGUGAUCCUGGAGAACCUAGCAGUGGAAAGUCCAACUCUUACCGCCUCUCUCUGUUGUCUCUCUGUAGGGGACAACGUGGUGUUGGACCGGGGCUACAUCUGGAACAACGUAGACAUCUCCAGCAACGUAGAGAUUCACCAGUCAGUAGUGUGUGACGGGGCGGUGGUCAAAGAGGCUGUACGCCUUAACAAACAGUGUGUCCUCGCAUACAACGUAAGGCAACUGAGUCUUUACAACCAAAUAACACUGUUUUUAAUGAAAACAGAUUACCCUCUUGAAUAGAGAUAAUCGACUGUUGUUUCUGUAGUGCCUUUCAGUAGCUCUCGAAGUACUUUACAUUGUAGGUGCUCAUUGUAGGUGCUCAUUGAAAUAUUUAUGUAAACAUUAGCUACAUAUUGUAAACGCCAGCAUUAAAUAUGUUAACUGUUUUGCUUUCACUCUUUCCUAAUAUCAAAAUGUUAUUAGCUACAGUAAGCUUCCAAAAUAGUAACUGUUGAGUACUUUUGGAGUAUUUUUUUCCAUUAUUCCAUGUUGUCUGUUUCCCCAGGUGGAGAUUGGUCCGAACCUGUCCCUCCCAGAAGGGACUGUGGUGUCCAUGCAUCACCCUGAGGAAGAGGAGGAAGAUGAUGAUGAUGAGUUCCUCAGUGAUGACCAGGAGGUGGGACACAGCAAAGACAAGACCAGGCAGAAAGGUGUGUAUUAGUAGUAUACCCCCCCCCCCUAAUAACUAAUUGAUUCUAAUAACCAACUCAUCAUCAACCUUUGAUUAUUUGAAUCAGCUGAACUAAUUGAUCAGUUCAGUGAAUGCCUAAAUUCAACAUACCUGCUGAUCUUCCAGGUUGGUUAAAUCAAAAAACAUGAAGUGCCUCCUGGACCAGGGUGACCUACCCCUGCUCUAUACCUUCUACACAUUCUCAGUAUUUAUUACUGUAGUGGGUUUAUGGAAAGGAUUAUGCGAUGCUUCAACAAUUGAUAAGUCUACAAACGAUGUUUUGAUAUGAAAUGUAUUUUGAUCUUGUUUCCAAAGUUAUAUUGUUAUUUCAACGUUAUGGAAAUCUGUUUUUGGAAAUAAUAUGUCAAAGGUAUCUCAGGACAUAGCUGUGAUAUUUAUGUCCAUGACAGUGAGCAAAACCUUGACGACUGUACAGUACACUUACCUCCCUGUUUCACCUGUUCAGCAUUUAAUCCAGCAGAGGUAGGACCUGAGGGUAAAGGUUAUAUCUGGAAGCCUAGUGUGGACGACACUGAGGACGAAGAGCUGGCACAGUGUCUAUGGGGUAGGCCACUUUCAAAACAAAACUCAUGCAAGGUAGUGUGAAGAGACUGGGUCAGGCCAGCUGUCCAUGCCCUCAGUCAUAAAAUAUAUAUCCUGUUUCCCUAGGCCUGGUGCUGAACCCUGACCCAGAGAGUGACAGCGAGAGUGAGGCCAGCGAGGAAUCUCAGGAUCGCAGUCGCAGUGUCUCACCUGAGAUUGACGACGUCAAUGGUGAGGGGUACUGAUUGAUUUAUUAAUUGAUUAGUUGAAUUGAUGAUACACAUCGAAAAUGACAUAUUAUCAGCCAUAACAAGAAUGUGUUUGUGUAGCUUUCCAGUUGGAAGUGGUGGGGACACUACAGAGAGGUUUGGAGGAGAACAUUGUCUGUGACAACCUGGUCCUAGAGAUCAACUCUCUCAAGUAAGUAGUGGUCAGCUCCUGAUAAGUAAGUAGUGGUCAGCUCCUGAUAAGUAAGUAGUGGUCAGCUCCUGAUAAGUAACUAGUGGUCAGCUCCUGAUAAGUAACUAGUGGUCAGCUCCUGAUAAGUAACUAGUGGUCAGCUCCUGAUAAGUAACUAGUGGUCAGCUCCUGAUAAGCAAGUAGUGGUCAGCUCCUGAUAAGUAAGUAGUGGUCAGCUCCUGAUAAGUAACUAGUGGUCAGCUCCUGAUAAGUAACUAGUGGUCAGCUCCUGAUAAGUAACUAGUGGUCAGCUCCUGAUAAGUAAGUAGUGGUCAGCUCCUGCUCCUGAUAAGUAACUAGUGGUCAGCUCCUGAUAAGUAAGUAGUGGUCAGCUCCUGAUAAAGGUAACUAGUGGUCAGCCUCCUGAUAAAGUAACUAGUGGUCCAGCUCCUGGAUAAGUAACUAGUGGUCAGCUCCUGAUAAGUACUAGUGGGUCAGCUCCUGGAUAGUACUUGGUCAGCUCCUGAUAAGUAAACUAGUGGGUCAGCUCCUGAUGAAGUUACUAUGGUCAGCUCCUGAUACGUAAGUAGUGGUCAGGCUCCUGAUAAGAGUACUAGGGUCAGCUCCUGAUAAGUAACUAGUGGUCAGCUCCUGAUAAGUAACUAGUGGUCAGCUCCUGAUACAGUAAGUAGUGGUCAGCUCCCUGAUAAGAGUAAGUGGGGGUCAGCUCCUGAGAAGUAAUUAGUGGUCAGCUCCUGAUAAGAAGUAGUAGUACGGCUCCUGAUAAGUAACUAGUGGUCAGCUCCUGAUAAGAGUAAGUGGUGGUCAGCUCUGAUAAGUAGUAGUGGUCAGUCCUGAUAAGUACGUAGUUAGUCAGCUCCUGAUAAGUUAACUAGUGGUCAGCAUCCUGUAAGAGUAAGUAGUGGUCAGCUCCUGAUAGUAACUAGUGGUCAGCUCCUGAUAAGAGUAAGUAGUAGUCAGCUCCUGAUAAGUAAGUAGUAGUCAGCUCCUGAUAAGUAACUAGUGGUCAGCUCCUGAUAAGUAACUAGUGGUCAGCUCCUGAUAAGAGUAAGUAGUAGUCAGCUCCUGAUAAGUAACUAGUGGUCAGCUCCUGAUAAGAGUAAGUAGUGGUCAGCUCCUGAUAAGAGUAAGUAGUGGUCAGCUCCUGAUAAGAGUAAGUAGUAGUCAGCUCCUGAUAAGUAACUAGUGGUCAGCUCCUGAUAAGUAACUAGUGGUCAGCUCCUGAUAAGAGUAAGUAGUGGUCAGCUCCUGAUAAGUAACUAGUGGUCAGCUCCUGAUAAGUAACUAGUGGUCAGCUCCUGAUAAGUAAGUAAGAGGAAGUAGUAGUCAGCUCCUGAUAAGAGUAACUAGUGGUCAGCUCCUGAUAAGUAACUAGUGGUCAGCUCCUGAUAAGUAACUAGUGAUCAGCUCCUGAUAAGUAACUAGUGGUCAGCUCCUGAUAAGAGUAAGUAGUGAUCAGCUCCUGAUAAGUAACUAGUGGUCAGCUCCUGAUAAGUAACUAGUGGUCAGCUCCUGAUAAGUAACUAGUGGUCAGCUCCUGAUAAGUAACUAGUGGUCAGCUCCUGAUAAGUAACUAGUGGUCAGCUCCUGAUAAGAGUAAGUGGUGGUCAGCUCCUGAUAAGUAAGUAGUGGUCAGCUCCUGAUAAGUAAGUAGUGGUCAGCUCCUGAUAAGUAACUAGUGGUCAGCUCCUGAUAAGAGUAAGUAGUGGUCAGCUCCUGAUAAGUAACUAGUGGUCAGCUCCUGAUAAGUAACUAGUGGUCAGCUCCUGAUAAGAGUAAGUAGUGGUCAGCUCCUGAUAAGUAAGUAGUGGUCAGCUCCUGAUAAGUAUGUAGUGGUCAGCUCCUGAUAAGUAAGUAGUAGUCAGCUCCUGAUAAGUAAGUAGUGGUCAGCUCCUGAUAAGUAACUAGUGGUCAGCUCCUGAUAAGAGUAAGUAGUGGUCAGCUCCUGAUAAGUAGUGGUCAGCUCCUGAAAAGUAAGUAGUAGUCAGCUCCUGAUAAGUAACUAGUGGUCAGCUCCUGAUAAGUAACUAGUGGUCAGCUCCUGAUAAGAGUAAGUAGUGGUCAGCUCCUGAUAAGUAAGUAAGAGGAAGUAGUAGUCAGCUCCUGAUAAGAGUAAGUAGUGGUCAGCUCCUGAUAAGUAACUAGUGGUCAUCUCCUGAUAAGAGUAAGUGGUGGUCAGCUCCUGAUAAGUAAGUAGUGGUCAGCUCCUGAUAAGUAACUAGUGGUCAGCUACUGAUAAGUAACUAGUGGUCAGCUCCUGAUAAGAGUAAGUAGUGGUCAGCUCCUGAUAAGUAACUAGUGGUCAGCUCCUGAUAAGUAACUAGUGGUCAGCUCCUGAUAAGUAACUAGUGGUCAGCUCCUGAUAAGUAAGUAGUGUUCAGCUCCUGAUAAGAGUAAGUGGUGGUCAGCUCCUGAUAAGUAACUAGUGGUCAGCUCCUGAUAAGUAACUAGUGGUCAGCUCCUGAUAAGUAACUAGUGGUCAGCUCCUGAUAAGUAAGUAGUGAUCAGCUCCUGAUAAGAGUAAGUAGUGGUCAGCUCCUGAUAAGUAACUAGUGGUCAGCUCCUGAUAAGUAACUAGUGGUCAGCUCCUGAUAAGAGUAAGUAGUGGUCAGCUCCUAAUAAGUAACUAGUGGUCAGCUCCUGAUAAGUAACUAGUGGUCAGCUCCUGAUAAGUAACUAGUGGUCAGCUCCUGAUAAGUAAGUAGUGUUCAGCUCCUGAUAAGUAAGUGGUGGUCAGCUCCUGAUAAGUAAGUAGUGGUCAGCUCCUGAUAAGUAAGUAGUGGUCAGCUCCUGAUAAGUAACUAGUGGUCAGCUCCUGAUAAGUAACUAGUGGUCAGCUCCUGAUAAGAGUAAGUAGUGGUCAGCUCCUGAUAAGUAAAUAGUGGUCAGCUCCUGAUAAGUAACUAGUGGUCAGCUCCUGAUAAGAGUAAGUAGUAGUCAGCUCCUGAUAAGAGUAAGUAGUGGUCAGCUCCUGAUAAGUAAGUAGUGGUCAGCUCCUGAUAAGUAAGUAGUGGUCAGCUCCUGAUAAGUAAGUAGUGGUCAGCUCCUGAUAAGUAAGUAGUGGUCAGCUCCUGAUAAGUAACUAGUGGUCAGCUCCUGAUAAGAGUAAGUAGUGGUCAGCUCCUGAUAAGUAAGUAGUGGUCAGCUCCUGAUAAGUAAGUAGUAGUCAGCUCCUGAUAAGUAACUAGUGGUCAGCUCCUGAUAAGUAACUAGUGGUCAGCUCCUGAUAUGUAAGUAAGAGCAAGUAGUAUUCAGCUCCUGAUAAGAGUAAGUAGUGGUCAGCUCCUGAUAAGUAACUAGUGGUCAGCUCCUGAUAAGUAAGUAGUGUUCAGCUCCUGAUAAGAGUAAGUAGUGGUCAGCUCCUGAUAAGUAACUAGUGAUCAGCUCCUGAUAAGUAACUAGUGGACAGCUCCUGAUAAGUAAGUAGUGUUCAGCUCCUGAUAAGAGUAAGUGGUGGUCAGCUCCUGAUAAGUAAGUAGUGGUCAGCUCCUGAUAAGUAAGUAGUGGUCAGCUCCUGAUAAGUAAGUAGUGGUCAGCUCCUGAUAAGAGUAAGUAGUGGUCAGCUCCUGAUAAGUAACUAGUGGUCAGCUCCUGAUAAGUAACUAGUGGUCAGCUCCUGAUAAGUAACUAGUGGUCAGCUCCUGAUAAGAGUAAGUAGUAGUCAGCUCCUGAUAAGAGUAAGUAGUGGUCAGCUCCUGAUAAGUAAGUAGUGGUCAGCUCCUGUUAAGUAAGUAGUGGUCAGUUCCUGAUAAGUAAGUAGUAGUCAGCUCCUGAUAAGUAAGUAGUGGUCAGCUCCUGAUAAGUAAGUAGUGGUCAGCUCCUGAUAAGUAAGUAGUGGUCAGCUCCUGAUAAGUAAGUAGUGGUCAGCUCCUGAUAAGUAAGUAGUGGUCAGCUCCUGAUAAGUAACUAGUGGUCAGCUCCUGAUAAGUAAGUAGUGGUCAGCUCCUGAUAAGAGUAAGUAGUGGUCAGCUCCUGAUAAGUAAGUAGUGGUCAGCUCCUGAUAAGUAAGUAGUGGUCAGCUCCUGAUAAGUAAGUAGUGGUCAGCUCCUGAUAAGUAAGUAGUGGUCAGCUCCUGAUAAGUAAGUAGUAGUCAGCUCCUGAUAAGUAAGUAGUAGUCAGCUCCUGAUAAGUAAGUAGUGGUCAGCUCCUGAUAAGUAAGUAGUGGUCAGCUCCUGAUAAGUAAGUAGUGUCAGCUCCUGAUAAGUAACGUAGUGGUCAGCUCCUGAUAAGUAACUAGUGGUCAGCUCCUGAUAAGUAAGUAGUGUCAGCUCCUGAUAAGUAAGUAGUGGUCAGCUCCUGAUAAGUAAGUAGUAGUCAGCUCCUGAUAAGUAAGUAGUGGUCAGCUCCUGAUAAGUAAGUAGUGGUCAGCUCCUGAUAAGUAACUAGUGUUCAGCUCCUGAUAAGAGUAAGUAGUGUUCAGCUCCUGAUAAGAGUAAGUAGUGGUCAGCUCCUGAUAAGUAAGUAGUGGUCAGCUCCUGAUAAGUAAGUAGUGGUCAGCUCCUGAUAAGUAAUUAGUGGUCAGCUCCUGAUAAGUAACUAGUGGUCAGCUCCUGAUAAGUAACUAGUGGUCAGCUCCUGAUAAGUAACUAGUGGUCAGCUCCUGAUAAGUAACUAGUGGUCAGCUCCUGAUAAGUAAGUAGUAGUCAGCUCCUGAUAAGUAAGUAGUGGUCAGCUCCUGAUAAGUAAGUAGUGUUCAGCUCCUGAUAAGUAAGUAGUGGUCAGCUCCUGAUAAGUAAGUAGUAGUCAGCUCCUGAUAAGUAACUAGUGGUCAGCUCCUGAUAAGUAAGUAGUGGUCAGCUCCUGAUAAGAGUAACUAGUGGUCAGCUCCUGAUAAGAGUAACUAGUGGUCAGCUCCUGAUAAGUGCUCUACAGAGAAGUGCAAACUUUGUUGAAGUGCAAUAAUAUUUCAGUCCCAUUAGAACAUAUCCAGCUAAAUGUUGCUCCAUGCUACUAUCUUCAAUGUAUAGAUCUUGUACUUCCCCUCUCCCACCAGGUAUGCCUAUAACAUCACUCUCAAGGAGGUAAUGCAGAUUCUUACCAGAGUUGUUCUGGAGUACCCCUUCCAACUGCAGGGGACGCAACUCACCACCCUACAGUACACUGGUUUACUAUUGCCUGUAAGUACCUACAACUACAGCCCUACAACCACCACACCCCAAUAAAUUGUUCUACAACCAAUAAUUUGUAUAAAUAUAUGUUAUUUAUCUAGCUCUUCAUUUUUACAGACAAAUCACUUACAAAAAUGACCAGCUCCUAUCUCUACCCCAAAACAACUUUUACAGAGGUGUAGCUGUGAAUGGGGGACAGAGGGCGAGACGGUCACAGAAUAACCUAUUUUCUCUUCUCCUCCCCACGCCUCUCAGCUGCUGAAGAAGUGGUCUCCGGUGUUUAAGAACUAUAUCAAGAGAGCUCAGGACCACCUGGACUGUCUGUCUGCUGUGGAGGAGCUGUUUCUGGAGCAGGACACACACCAGACUGCUAUGGUCAAGGUGGGUGAGAGGGUGGGUGAGAGGGUGGGUGGGCCAAAUUGUCCGGGAGAGGCUGUCCAUCAUAGCCUACACCCCGAAUAUGAGCGUCAGCGCCAUAUUCGCACUCCUUUUGGGCGCACGUGCGCCUGCUGCUGAGGAGAGAGCGGGAAUGAGAGAGGGGGUCACUGUUGAUUACGAAGAUGGAGGCCUUUUUCAUUGAAGUUCGAGGACGAAGAGUAGGUCUAUGUCUACAGUGAGUAGAGUACACGUGAAGAAGUUUUAAUAUUGUAGUGGACUAAGAUGAGGAGAACUUUGGCGGGGCCAAUUGCAGGCUACUGUCUUUGUAAUUUGCUAUAGGCUGCUUUUUAAGGACGCAAAUGUGUCUCAUUUGGCCAAUAUCCCUUGUUUAUUGAUGGCCAGUUCGGAUCUGAAUACAUAUGGAUGUCGGGUAAAUUUCUCAAAUGUCCGGUGAAUUUAAAUCUUCCCGGCACCACAUUUCCCUAACGGAAACCCUGGCACACACACUGGCAAAGAUUUUUCCGGCAGGCAGGCAGACAAUGGAAUGACUUUGAGUGACAGUGUGAGGACUUUGCAUAGGCGGUUUGUUGUGUUUUUUUUUUUGUGUGACUGUAAAAAAAUUCCUGUAACGUAAAAUAACAUAAUUAACCGGUUCCCAUCAUUAUUUAAAUAACAGUUCUGUCCCGGAACAGUAUAGAUCACUUUCGUUUGCGUUUCAGAUUCUGUUCCUCUAAAAAAAAAUUGCAUUUUCAGUUCUGUUCCCUGAACCGGUUCCAACCCGCUUUUUAAAUAAAAUAAAAAAUUAAAUUGUGAUGUUGGAUGUUAACUUGUCUGUUGUUGUCGCCUUCCCUGUAGGUGCUGAUGAAAAUGUACCAGCUGGAGAUCCUUGAGGAGGCGGCCAUCCUAAAAUGGUUCUCUACAGGAACCACCACAGACAGGAGCAGACAACUACGGAAGAACCAGGGAGUGAGUACCACUUACAGGGCUUCUUACAUUAUGACAGCAACAAAGGCAUUGUGUAGGGAAAGCGAUUUGUUUUCCAACAGAGGGGGCAGUUAAACGUACCGAAGUGCGUGCCUCUGUACUUUUAGAGGUGGCACUGUACGUCCUGAACAGGCCCCAGGCCUAAACACAUGGCUGAGAGGUGAUGUCCUGUCUUCCUCAGCUCCAGAAGUUUAUCCAGUGGUUGGAAGAAGCAGAGGAUGAGUCUUCGGAGGAAGGAGAGUGA